GGCGCGGGACUUCCGGCGGUGGAUUUUAAGUGUCCUGGCUGGUGAGAGAGUCCUUUCUCUGUCCCGACCACAUCCCCCAGAGUCACCGGCUCUGGGCUGGAGCCACCGUCCUGGGCCGGAGGCGCGUGUCCUGCCGGCCGGCCUCUAAGCCGGGGAGCACUUGGGCGCUGCACCGGAGGCGCGGGGGCUCUGUCGCCCUGGGCUGCUCUCCACCGUCCACCCCACGCAACGAGGGCGAUUCUCGCCUCCGCUACAUCCCUUCAGAUCCCCACCGGGCUCCCGCCUCCUGGAUCUCGCCAAAGCUCCGGACUCCCAGGGGCCGCCGUAGCAGUUCGGACCCUGCUUUCUGCUUCUCUGCCUUGCUGUGUCGCGGUCCUGACACCGGAGACAGGCUAGAAACGCUCUUCAGUUUCCAGAAAAGUGAAAGCACCUUCUUUGGAUCUAGGUGGAGACCCAGCCCUGUCCUGGGGGUUCCAGCCUUGGCUGAAUGGCAGCACCCCCGCUGGGCCGUCUGGUGUUGACCCACCUGUUGGUAGCCCUCUUUGGCAUGGGCUCCUGGGCUGCCAUUAAUGGGAUCUGGGUGGAGCUGCCGGUUGUGGUGAAAGACCUCCCUGAGGGUUGGAGCCUCCCCUCCUACCUCUCUGUGCUCCUGGCGCUGGGGAACCUGGGCCUGCUGGCAGUGACCCUGUGGAAACGGCUGGCCCCAAGCAAGGGCGAGCAGGCCCCCAUUCAGGUGGUGCAGAUGUUGAGUGUGGUGGGCACUGCACUGCUAGCGCCUCUGUGGCAGCAGGUGGCACCAGUUGCGGGGCAGAACCACUCCGUGGCCUUCCUGACACUGACCUUGCUGUUGGCGCUGGCCUGCUGUGCCUCGAACGUCACUUUCCUGCCCUUCCUGAGCCACCUGCCGCCCCCCUUCCUGCGGUCCUUCUUUCUGGGUCAGGGCCUGAGUGCCCUGCUGCCCUGCGUGCUCGCCCUAGCGCAGGGUGUGGGCCGCCUGGAGUGCCCGCCGGCCGCCAUCAACGGCACUCCUGGGCCUCCCCACAAUUUCCCAGAGCGUUUUCCCGCCAGCACCUUCUUCUGGAUACUUGCUGCUCUCCUGGUCACUUCGGCUGCUGCCUUCCAGGGUCUCCUGCUGCUGUUGCCGUUACCACCAUCCACACCCACAGGAGGCCCGGGGCUUGGCCUGCAGGGAGGAGCCCCAGGAAUGGAGGACGAGGAAGAGGCCUCGCCACUGCAGGAGCCACCUUUCCAGGUGGCGGCCAGUACCCCUGGCCCAGACCUGGAGGCCCGGCAGCUGCUCUCUGCCCGCAGCGCCUGCCUGCUGGGCCUGCUGGCCAUCACCAACGCACUGACCAAUGGCGUGUUGCCUGCUGUGCAGAGCUUCUCCUGCCUGCCCUAUGGGCGCCUGGCCUACCACCUGGCCACAGUUCUGGGCAGUGCCGCCAACCCCCUCGCCUGCUUCCUGGCUAUGGGCGUGCUGUGCAGAUCUCUGGCAGGGCUGGGCGGUCUCUCUCUGCUGGGCAUGCUCUUUGGGGCCUACCUAAUGGCGCUGGCAGUCCUGAGCCCCUGCCCACCCCUGGUGGGCACUCCUGCAGGGAUCGUGCUUGUGGUGCUGUCAUGGGUGCUGUUUGUGUGGCUGUUCUCAUACGUGAAGGUGGCCGCCAGCUCCCUGCUGCAUGGGGGCGGCCAGCCAGCAUUGCUGGCAGCUGGCGUGGCCAUCCAGGUGGGCUCCCUGCUUGGUGCGGUUGCCAUGUUCCCUCCCACCAGCAUCUACCACGUGUUCCGCAGUGGGAAGGACUGUGUGGAUCUCUGUGGGCCCUAAACCUGGGCAGGUGGGGACUUCACUCCACCCCACGUGUCUUCAGGUGGACUGGCCACUGCCCAGGGAGGCCCUCCCCAUGCAAGGGCACCAGCACAGGCCCUGCACACUCCACAGGGGCCCCUGGCACUCCGGCCCAAGCAAGGUCCCCACUGGGGCCUUGGACAGGCCCGGUGCUGUGCUCCGGCCUGGUGUGCUCAUUGUGCAGUAAAGCUCUUCUAUCCCAGGAGCCCCUCCUCUUCUGCAGGUGGACGUCCCCGGAGCCUCAGCGAUGGUCCAGCGGUUCCGUCGGAACCCACCCCCCCACACACUGUUUUGACGGUUUCUGGGGUCAUGCCCUCUGAGUCCAGGCCUCCUACCUGCCCCCCACCCCUGACCAUUGCUUCUCAGACCCACCCCCCACUCGCCCCUGAGGAUGGCAAAGGCCUACUUCCAGGACAGGGACCCGCAUAGGCGUGGGUGGUUGGAGGCAGUAUGGUGUCCACUCAGUGUCAGCCCAUCUGGCGUCUCCAGCUAAGUGGGGAGGCCUCCUCCCUGCUGGGCCACUGCCCCGCAGCCCCCUCCAGGCAGCUGCUGGGCCCAGCCAGCCAGGCUCAGUUAUCAGGCAGGGCGGGCAGUCCCCGCCCUGUGGCCUGGGUGUGGUCUCCUCCCCUGCUGCUCUCUGGGGAUUCCACCGGGGCUCGGCUGCCACCCCCAGGCACAGGAGGGGCUCAGGACCUUUCUCCUCAAGACUAUUGACUCCUUCUCUGGGCUACCAGCCUCCAGUUCCUGGCUUUUUCCAUGAUCAGACUCCCAAAGAUCCCAAACCCUUUAUUCCGACAUCAGCGGCCUCCUUCCUGAGCAGCCUGUGCCGCCCUGGGACAGGCAUCUGCAGGGGUCAUCGUCUAUGCCGGCCAUAGCCCACUCUGCACCGCGUGGCUCUCCAGCAUGGACUGGAAUGAGCACCUGAGCCCAGCCGGAGGGGCGUGCAGGUGGGGGCUACAGUGGGGUGGGGCAGAGAGAAUCAGGAAACGAGUGCUGCCGUCCCUGCCCCCAGCUCCUUCCCAUGAUUGUUCUGCUCCUUGACUUGGCCAGCGUGGGGGCCUCUUCCUGUUGUUCCUCUUUAGCCUCACCCCACCCACCUUGGCGGGACCAACAGAACAUGAGGGAGACCCCCAUGGACUCAAGGGCAAGGCCUGCACACCUUGACUGCCAGAGCUUCUGGUCUGGGGUUCCUGCAGGCAUUAGGUGGGGAUGGGCUUGGGUGGCUCACACACAGCCCAGCCAUGAGAAGGGGAGGCCACCAGUCGUGCCCUAGCCUCCUGGGCCAGGAGGCCACCUGGGGGUGCGGCAUGGGCUGCUCAGCCUGGCUGCUUGAUUUGGGGGUGGGGGCUUUGGUGGUGGUGAGUGAACACACAGAGAGGAGGACAAGGUGGGGUGGGUGGCACAGCCCUGGGUGCACCCUCCCCACCCCCCUCAUCGGCACCCCCCCUUCCCCGGGCAUCACCCUGGGGCUGGAAGUGGGGGUUGGAGGAAGCCGCUGCCCUUUGAAGUCUGCAGCGCCUCCCGGUCAGUGCCCCGCAGGAAACAACUCAAAACACCCAGGGGAAGAGGACGUGGCACAGCAAGUCCUGAGAGCCGCCCGGCAUGCCCUUCCCUCCUGUGGCUGCCCAGAGCCGAGGCAGGUGGCCAGGGAGGCAGGACGGCCCACCCUGCCAGGCCCCUCAGAGCUGGGCCCUGCCUGCGGGGCCUAUUAGGGUGCUCAAACCUCCAGCUGGGCAGUAGGUAGAAGCUGCUCUGGGGCUCCCAGCUCUGCCCAAAGAUCCUCUCAGUCUUGGAGCCAGGGCACUUGAAGGAGACCCUGGAGGGAAGCCGUGGCCCAGGCAGGACCUAAGGUAGCAUGUUGUCCCAGAGGGCGGGUCCAGGCAGCCUCCACUCCCAGGUGUGGCCACCUCAGCUGGGACCGAGCAGUAACCACAGGGGCUGGGCUCUGGGCAAGGGACUGAGGUGGGUCUUUCAUCUUCCCAGGCCAGUGCUUCUCAUUCCAGAGCCCCCGGCAGGUGUAGGUUCUGAUGUGCUUGGAGCUGUAAUGGCCCCUGGGUGACUGAAUGGUCUAGUCCGCUCAUUUGCAUCUGCUCAGAGCCCCACUACCUGACCUGGGGACAUGGGACAAUGGUCCUUUAAAGGGGCUCCCUCCCUAACGGGGAAUUCCAAGGGGCCUCCCAGCCUUCCUGAAACAGUGUGGGGGUGGGUGGCUGGGUCCUUGGCUGGAGCAAGGGCACUGACCAUCAGGGGUUCCAGCGUCUGCCGCUCCGACCAUGCACACCAGUGUCCAGGAGCCUGCUGCCCACCACCCUGGGGUUCCUUGGCCUCUUCCAGCCCAGACACUGGCUUGCACGUGGGAUGCAAGGCUCUGCUCCAUCUUCCCAUGCCUGGGGGACAAUCUAUCUUGUAACUCCCCUGUCACACUCCCAGUGAUCCCUCCCUCUCCUAGCCCCCACCUCCAGCUCCCUAGCAGGGUGUGUCCCUGACUUGUUCCACCUGCAAAGGAGGGUUUCCAGGGCCUCUGACCCCAGCCAGGCCAAGUGGGACACAGGCAGGACCUUCCUCAGCUGUACCACCCGGACUGGGCCCCAUUGUGGUCUUGAGGGCAUCCAGGCAAAGCACUGGUUUGAUGGGGCAAGCUGCAGACCGACCUCGAAGGUCGGAUCCCUGUGCGCCGACAGUGGGGGCCGAGCUCACUGAGGAGGCAGACGGGAGGGGUUCCUGGCAGGCCACCCCAUGGUGGUCCCUGUGGUAAAUCAUUCUGGAGGGGGUGCCAAAUCUAAAUGCCAGUCCCUGGGAAGGCCACCAGCUGUCACCCCCACGGCAGCCUUGAGUCAGACACCUGCAAGGAGAUGAGGAUGGAGUCUGGGAUGGUUUUAGAGAGGGGCCUGGUUAAGAGUCCUUUUGGCUGGGUUGACACUAACCGUUCUGCCUGCCUGUGAUAUCGGUCGACUGAGGGAGCGCCCCCCCCCCCCCCCCCCGUGCUGGCCUCCCCACUAUCCCAGGGGCGGUUUCCCUUCCUGGAGCUCCACAGGGUGGGGGCUCUGUGCACCUGUUUGUGUUGGUGCGGCCGGAAGAUUCCCUGUUGCCUCCCGGUGGAAAAUUUCAGUCGCGCAGCAGCAACGCUGCUGAACAUUUCAAACCCUGCCCGACAGAUUUCCAGAGUGGCUGCAAGAUUUCACCCAUGCAGAGGGCUCCAGUGUCUCCCAGGGGGGUCUUGGGCUUCCCCAGAGGUUUGUCCUUUCCCCCAGGGACAGGUUCGGGGCCAGUAUUAAUCAGGCUUGUUCAUAGGUGCCGACCAUAAGGGGGCAGCCAGCAGAGGUGCUCCACCUUCCCCAGGUCAAGGCUGCACCUGUAAAGUGUGAAUCCCAACAUUUUGGAAGUCAUAGGCUCUGCAGAAGCCCCUGGAGCUUUGCCGGUGUUCCCCCUAAACUCGUGUGGUCCUGUUGAUCUGUCCUCCCGCUGUGCCAGUCCUGCUGGCUCUUCGCCUGCUGUCUGCCAGCAGGAGUGCAGGCUUCCCGCCAAAUCGUGUUCUUCGGGUGUUAGUGCAGCCCACCCUGACCUCUCGGUUGGAAUCCAACGCCUUCUGGUCUGAGUUUUCAAGCAGCCACACGAGACUCCCCGUGAAGCUGCAUACGAAUAGGGGUCUCUCCGUCCUCCACUCCCAACUCAGUUGAGUGCCUUACUGUUACUUUUCAUAUAUGCUUAAGUUUUCUGUGUGAUACCUUAGGAUUAUUUCAUGUUGUAUGUCAUUUUUUUCAAUAAAAGUUUUCAUAAUUUUUUUAACACUAA